UUGUCUGUCUAUAUUUCUAAAAUAGAAUUUCAGUGAGACAGAAACUGAGUCUUCCUUGUUCCUUGUUUUCUCAGCAGUCAGCAAAUAGUACAUUCUCCCUAAAUAUUGUUGAAUAAACAAUGAAUAAUUUAUAGAAGUGAUACAGAAGCUAUAUAUUUUGGGAUAGUGCUUUCAAUGCCAUGUGUAAACUUCUAUUUUGACAAUCAUUAAAUCACAAAUGCUGGCAAGGGUCAUAUUUGUUGUGGGUUUUAUGGUAUUUCAGGCCAUGGUCAUGUUCAUGUAUGGGAUAUAUGUGUUGGUUGGUCCUUCAUUGAGGAAGUGGAAUGGUUUAGUGCCGUGUGUGUGUGUGUGAGAGAUGAGUAGUGGCUGAGUCUUGUUGGCUUGGGGAAUAGGGAGCUUUGUUGGCCACUUGACUAUUGGAAUGGGAUGCUCCUGUAAUAUGUCCCUUUUCAAUUUAAUGGUUGUGAGGAGUGGAGGAAAGAGGCAUUCAUCAAGGGGUGAGGAGGGAUGGAUGCUCUGUAUUUUUUUUCUAAUGAAUAAAUCAGGUAAGUUAUGGUUCUUAAUGGAAGAAUACUUCAUUAGUUUUUAAUUUUAUGUCAUAUCUUGGACAUGGAGGUACAGAAGUAAACCACUUUGACACUUUUUAUGGUAAAAUGAUUCUUUCAAUUCCUUAAUAUCUGAAGUAUAUGUUUCUUCUAAGACCUCAACACACAUUCACCUAGAUUCUUUCUUUCUAGAUGAGUGCCAUUUUCUCUUCCUCUUUGAUGGGAUGAAUACAGAAUGAGACACAGGAGGACUGAGUGAUCUUUGUGACAAUAAUCAGAAUUAUCCUAUCAGUAUCCACCAUGAAAAUAAAAAAAGCUUAGUGCCUUGUAGUAGUAUUUACUGCAUUGAAAUAUUCAUCUCCUUUCAGUAACAAGAGGACAAUUAUUUUAUUAAGAACAAGUAACCUAAUCACUUCCAUCUGUUCAAAAAAUAUCCAAAUUAACUGAGUAAUCAUAGUGUUCCCUAUGCUUUUGGUAGAGAUAUGUUUGAUUGCUGGAAACUCAGAGUUUACACAUGAGUGAAAGUAAAGAAGCAGAAUGCUGUGAUUUUGCAAUUACAUACUUGCUGUGUUUUUAGUCAUGGAGCCGAUGGGGCACUUCUCCAGGUAAGAAGAGUAAAACCUUGCUUUCUGGGAUCCUAGGAAGUAUGUCAUUCUGGAUAGCUACGUUACUAAGAAAGUUGAAGAUUGAAAACUGGCAAUUUUAUCUUACUUUUUAUUAAAAUCUUUCUAAACCAAAUUUUAAAUUUCCCUAUCUCUAAAGAUAGUUAAUUAACUCACUGAGGCCCACACUGGGCUAUUCAGGGGUUGGGAAUAUUUACCCUUUUGCCAAAUACUUCCACAAUAUUGAGUUUUCUAAGUGUUUCUGUUUUUCUGCCUCUUGAAUCAGAUUCCUGGCAAACACUAGUUUUUUCCCAGUGUAUUUACUUGUAGCGAGCCAUCCCUUCUUUAUAAUACAGUGCUUUCUACAACAUGUUAUAUUUGGAUGUUAGAUAUCUGUGUUUGGUUAAAAUUAUGCACAAAUUGAGUCAGUAAGUUCAAGAAAGAAACAUUGGAUUUCUUCAGUCAAUAGUAUACCUAAGCUUUACUACCUGGACAUUGUCACAUCUAUUUGGUUUUAUAGAACCUUAACUUUGUUUUUCUGUGCUUAUCUCCUGAGGAGAGGCAAUAUUAUAAAAUAGCACAUCAGUAGAACAGAAGCAACCCUUUAGUACUGGCUGUUGGUUACAAGAAAUGCUUACUUUGGUGUGGAAGUUUUACCUUACUUAAGAGAGGAAGCAUAUUUGGUAAAGUGAAUGAUGAUCUUAUUUUUAUUUGAUGAGUUUUAUUCUAUCUAGUGGUAUUAGGUUCAGUACUAGACCUUAAGCAAAAUUUUAGGGAUAGUCUUAUUCCUACUGUCACCUUGAAAUUGCAGAGUGGGUCAGCUUGGAUGGUGGCUGGCAAGCAUACUCAUUUGUCAGAUCACUACAUCUUCUUCUUACCUUCCUGAAACAGUGGCAAAAUGCAUGGCCAGUAGAGUAAUGGGGUCUGGUUACAGCCAGAAGAAUUUUCAUAUAGGGCCUUGCAUUGUUGUAUAUUGUGGCUGCUUACCUAUUACCAAGUAUUAAGCUGUAUAGACUUUCGUUAAGGAAAAAAUGUCCGUUCACUACACAUGAAGCCCUGGGAUCUCUGAUAGAUGAAAACUAAAAUACUGCCAGAUCAGCAUACUUGAUAUUAGACUGUAAGCCUAAGUUUCCAAACUGGCUAGAUUUCUCAACAACAAAACAAUCUAGAAAGAACAGGCUGCAUCUCUUAUCACCAUCCUAAAAUCUGGCUAAACUCAGAAGAAGCUGCACAUAUUGCUUACUAAGGUCGAUGUUUGGGGAAGGAUUAGUGCAUUGCUGAGUUUCAUAAAAAAUAGAAAUUAAUAACCUUAACAAGUUGAGAUUUUGGUUUCAAAUAUUUGACACACUUCAUAUGGUUUCAAUGUUUCUAAUUUUCAGGUCACUUGCUCUUUCCCUAUCUGGGUUUAUGAAAUGUAAAAUGAAAUCUCUUAAUGACAGAGAACAUCUGAUGAUUUUGAAAGCUGUAAUAUAACUCUAGUUAAAUGCUAUUUGGAGUAAUUAUAAUUUCUUUAUUUUUCAUAGACAUAUUAUGAAAAAAAGCGAAGAAAUGGAACCUGCAAAUUACACCAGGGUGACAGAAUUUGUUCUCACGGGCUUAGCCCAGACUCGGGAGGUGCAACUAGUCCUAUUUGUUAUAUUUCUAUCUUUCUAUUUGUUCAUUCUUCCAGGAAAUAUUCUUAUUAUUUGCGCUAUCAGGCUUGACCCCCAUCUGACCUCACCCAUGUAUUUCCUGUUGGCUAACUUGGCCUUCCUUGACAUUUGGUACUCCUCCAUCACAGCCCCUAAAAUGCUUGUAGACUUCUUUGUGGAAAGGAAGAUAAUUUCCUUUGGCGGGUGCAUUGCACAACUCUUCUUCCUGCACUUUGUUGGGGCCUCAGAGAUGUUCCUGCUCACAGUAAUGGCCUUUGACCGCUAUGCUGCUAUCUGCCGCCCCCUCCACUAUGGUACCAUCAUGAAUCGAUGCCUCUGCUGUAUUCUGGUGGCUCUCGCCUGGAUGGGGGGCUUCAUUCAUUCUAUAAUACAGGUGGCUCUCAUUGUUCGACUUCCCUUUUGUGGGCCCAAUGAGUUAGACAGUUACUUCUGUGACAUCACGCAGGUUGUCCGGAUUGCCUGUGCCAAUACCUUCCCGGAGGAGUUAGUGAUGAUCUUUAGCAGUGGUCUGAUCUCUGUGGUGUGUUUCAUUGCUCUCCUAAUGUCGUAUGCCUUCCUCCUGGCCAUGCUCAAGAAACACUCAGGCUCAAGUGAGAGUACUGGCCGGGCCAUGUCCACCUGCUAUUCUCACAUCACUAUUGUGGUGCUAAUGUUUGGGCCAUCCAUCUAUAUUUAUGCUCGCCCAUUUGACUCUUUUUCCCUCGAUAAAGUGGUGUCUGUGUUCCAUACUGUGAUAUUCCCUUUACUUAAUCCUAUCAUCUACACAUUGCGAAACAAGGAAGUAAAGACUGCCAUGAGGAAGUUGGUCAACAGAUAUAUUUUAUGUAAAGAGAAGUGAAAGAUAUGUGGCACAUUCUAUAGUCUGAGGGUCAUUGUCCUAAAGUAGGAAGCAUUUGCAGAGGUAAUAAUGCUACUGUCACUACCUCCUUUUGUCUGAGUUCUUAAAAUCCCGCUAAGUUUUUCCUCUAUUUGGUGAAAAAACAAAGAAAUUUAAAUGGAAAAAAAAUUUACCUACACCCUUUCUGAAAUUUCUGGCAGAUGACUAUUAGGAUUUAAGAUAUAAUAAUGAUUUGCUAAAACUACAUUUUCACCAAUCAUUUAUUGAGCGACUAUUCUGGAGAGUCUUUGACUGUCAGGAGACUGUAUGUUGAGAAGUGCUAAAAUAAAUAAGACCUGGGAGAUGUGUCCACUGUGAAUAGGCAGAAGUUAGUGGCCAGCAUAUGAACGUGAGUAGCUUCAAGUGACCAAAUUAGAUAUUGUUGUCAUGUUUCAACCUUAGCUCAGUGGGAUGGCAUUUGGUAAACUAUCUUCCUGGUUCUGGGAAAAUAGAUUAUUUUGUUCUUUAUCUCUUCCUCUUCCCAGAGGUGAUGAUGGAAACUGAGGAUUCAUUAAUACAAGCUGUUCCAACUCGUAUUUCAGGUGGUAGUCACUUAACAGUGUUGGUGACAGAACUUAAGAUUUUGGGACAUCCGGGAAACAAUUUUUAUGACUUCAAAGCGGAGUGUACUUUGCAUAAGACCCCUCUCUUCCAGAGGAAGUCUCCAGUCAACUGGUGAUUUUUAUAGCCAGUCUGUACUUCCUUCCUCCAGAGUGAAAGCAGACUUGGAGGAAAGGGAUUCUAAGGUCACUGGGAUUGCAAGACAUCUAGCUGUGUGAUUUUUACAAGACUAUUAUAUCCUUUGCCAUUUUUGUGUGUUUUCUGUACUUGCUAAUUCUGCCUCUCAUGUUAAAAUAAAAUUAGUAGGGUGCUACUUUUGUUAAUACUAUAAUUUAGAUUUUUGCCCCAUUAAAUCACUUUUUUAAUACAUAUGGAAGAGACCUAGAUGUAUUAGUUCCCGUAAUCCUCUGGGGAAUUAUUUAUUAGUGAUCGGUUUACUAUUCCUUGACGCUAAGAAUCCAAUUACUGACUAGGCUUCAGAAUGUAAAAGAUAAAUUAGAAUAUUUGAGUUCAUACAAAUUUAUUUACUUAAGUUAACUUUUCAAUUUCAAAAUUAGGGAGUCUAUCCAUCAAAGGGGAAGAGAACUUUGAGUGCUUUGAGCUUUAGUCUUAUGUUCAAUUUGAUAACAUAAUAUGACUAGACUUCGAAGGAGGUAGACUCCUGUCAGCAUCAGGAAUGAAUAUAUGUGAGUGAAUGGUAAAAACAAGCCCGAGGUUGCUCUUUAUUUAUAUUCUAUUUAUUAAAUGAGCAGGUAAUUUGCGACAGACCCAGUUCACCUCAGGUCCACAGGAUGGAAUGAUGGAGCAUAAAGUUUGCUCUUUGCUUUGGGAAUUUUUCCUUAUGAUGAUCCUCUUUCAUCUUCAAUGUUAUGGUGACUUCUCUUCUAAGAACCCAAAGACACUGAUUGAAAUUAUGAUUCAUGAAUUUUGAGUUGACUUCUCAUUACCUGAUAAUGAAUAAAACUGUAAACUUCUUUAAUAUUUUACAACAGAGCAUAAACAAAAAUCUAACAUCCAAAAGAUAUACAUAUAUAUAAAAAAUGAUGAUAACUCAUCAUCAAAUCUAUGUUUCUAGAUUUUAUGUUAUCUUACUGUUUUUUGUAUCUGAACCAGCCAGACUUCUAUUUACUUUGUCACUUAUCCUUCAUUUAACUAAGAUUAAUAUUCUUAGGAAAGAGACUACUGACUAAGUAUGCUCUUCAAACACCACUAUAUUGCUAGUACAGAAGGAUAUUUGUUGAAAGUAUUGAAGCUAAGAAGAAGAAGAAAAACUCCAAAAAUAGUAGUGUAAUGAAGAGUUGCUUAAUUAGAAAUACUAUCUGGAAUUAAUUUUGCUAGAGAAUAGGAAACUUUGGCGUACUGGUAAACAGUGACCUAGCUUGAUUCAUGGAGGACACGACUGGUAUAAAGGCUAGAUCAGUGGUUCUCAACUGGGGGCAAUUUCAGCCUCCGGGGGACAUUUGACAAUGUCUGGUGACGUUUUCCAUGGUCACAACCGGGGAGUGUUAUUGGCAUCUCAUAUGUAGAAGCCAGGGAUGCUGCUUAACAUGCCCCAGCUACCCCCCACAAAUUAUCUAGCCCAAAAUGUUAGUAGUACUGAGAUUUUGAAAUCCUACCUUACACAAUGAGCAGGGAUAUAAUGCAGGCCAGUGUAGGAUAAAUAGGUAUUAAUCUCAUACAUAAUCUUUUCACAUGCAGUGCUGCCUCAAAAUAAGUCAAGAACCUCUGUUAUGUGUUAGACUUCUUCUCCCCAUGUCACUCUUCCCUCUUUCCUCUCCAUUACUUCUAAACAUCCUUUAAUCUUUUUUUGUCUUUUAGUCUCUCCCAUUUCUGUCUUCUUCCACAACUGCUGCUGAGCUUCGAUUUUCAAUAUCAGCAAUAUCUGUAUUGAGCGAGUUAAUAUCUUUAGCUCCAGAUAGUGAUCAUACUUUCGAUUAUUCACUGACUAUCCUAAGAUUUUAGAACCCAAGUUCCACCUAUCUCAUAGCUUUUUGCUAAUUUCACUAUUACCAAAAUGGACUUUACCAUUAUAUCUGGUAAAACAUAUUUAUUAUCCAAACAAAAAUAACAUUUUCUUGUUUUUUCCUUAAUUACUGAAAUAGUAUGUUUCCUAAAAAUUAAAAAUACGUGAACAUAUAAGGAAAACCCCCCUAAUAUUACUAAUACUACUGGCCUUCUCUUUUUCCCCAGGGGUUAGGGUUUUCCUUUAACAAAGUCUGUGAGGUCUCACCCACCCAGCUCCAUUGGAAGCAGGCCAGUUUGCCUGUCAUGCUACACAAGAUAAUUAACUCUCAGUAAGUUAACAGAGGUGAGGUGGAAUAACAACUGCAAAAUUCUUCAGACAAGUUAGUGUAAACCUCAGAUUUUAUAUCCGGCAAAACUUGCGUUUAAAUUAAAAGGCUACAAAAAAUUGUAAACAUUAAAUAAAAAUUUAGGAAUGUUUCCAGGAAACUUUUGAAAAAACUGUCAGAACAAAUUUCUGUCAAUCAUGUGAAGGCCAAGAAAUUAGAACCAAAGGAUCAGUACUGAAUAUUAAAUGUACUAAACUAUAUCUAAUUCUGAAACUAAUGUGGGUUUGCAUGACUGAAAAUUAUGAAAUGCUACACGCCUCGACAAUGCAGAAACGAUAGAGUUGCACUCCAUUUCCUACUGGGGGCACAUUAGAUAGCUUUACUGAGCUCUCACUAAAAGCAAAUUCACAUGUUAGAUAAACAUCUUUUGAAACACUUCAAUGAGCUGGCAGAAAAAAAGAAAAAAGAAAAAAGAAGAUGGUGUAGAAUAUUGAAAAUCCGAAAAUCAAAUGAAAUUGGGAACCCAGAGAAAUUAAUGGUGAAUAGAGGUCAGCUUUUACUGUGAGGACUUGUGUUCUGUUUUCAAGGUCACGAGUGGUGGUAGCGGGGACACGAAGCCCAGGGCUCACCUAAGGCUGUAUUUCACAACAAGCUGAGGUUUCAAAGGAUAUAUUCUCAGGGUAGUAGUGAAAUAGACUUUUGAAAAACUCACCAUCCAAAAGGCUAAAAAGGAAAAAAGAUUAUGAAUCAUAAGUGGACUCACCCAUACUUUUGGAAUUUGAUUUUAUAGUAUUGAGUAGUCUGAAUCACUGUUAACUGAUAAUUUUGUUCAAAGUUUCUGGUUCCAGACUCAUAAUGCCUCUCAUAGAAGGAAGCGCAAAUAUCUUAUGGAGAAUCUUGCCUUUAUUCCUGGACUCAAAAUGCAGAUAAACUUUGAUGAAGUAAGAGCUUUACAGUCAAACAUCAGUGAACACAAAAGAAAGCAAGGCACUGUGAUUGAGAAUCAGAAGAACAACAGAAAGAAGAAUCAAAACCACAA